AUGGAGAAGAAUAGCUUAUUCAUCGUAGGCAAAUUUUGGAAAUUGAAGAAGCAGCAAGAGCGAGUUUGUCGUUUCGUUUACAAUAAUGUAUUGACUGCCGAGUGUACUCAGGUAAACGGCAACUGGUCGGACCAAAAUGACCCGAGACAGGGCAACGAAGACUACACUGAGCUUUGCUCCAACUGGUUUGCCAUCAACACUACCAAUUUCUCGGCACCCGGCAACGAAACCUUCGCCAUGCAGGAGGAUUUUCUGGAUCCCGUUUUGCCGCCGUUCGAGCUCUGGCAGACCAUUUUGAUCGCCCUGGCCCUCGGGAUUUGUAUAGUGCUAACAGUGGGUGGCAACAUCCUCGUACUCCUGGCGUUCAUCGUCGACAGAACCAUCAGACAACCGAGCAAUUAUUUCAUCGCGUCUCUCGCCGCUACUGAUAUGCUCAUCGGUACAGUCUCCAUGCCGUUCUACACGGUGUACGUGCUAAUGGGCAACUGGCAUUUGGGGCCGUUACUUUGUGACUUGUGGCUCUCUGUCGACUAUACCGUCUGUCUCGUAUCACAAUACACGGUGCUUCUUAUAACCAUCGAUCGAUUCUGUUCCGUCAAGAUUGCCGCCAAGUAUCGUGGCUGGCGCACCAAGAACCGAGUUAUAUGGAUGGUCACGAUAACUUGGAUCAUACCCGCACUUUUGUUUUUCAUUAGUAUCUUUGGAUGGGAGCAUUUCAUCGGUUUUCGGGAUUUGGCACCUGGAGAGUGCGUCGUGCAGUUUUUAAAAGAUCCGAUAUUCAAUACCGCCCUGAUAAUUGGCUACUACUGGACAACCCUCAUAGUGCUUUUCAUUCUGUAUGGCGGCAUCUACAAAACCGCCUACGACAUGCAGAAGAAGAGCGAGGCGAAGCAGCGGAAGAUGCAGUCAAUGGUAGCGCUGAGCGCGGGGGCGAUGUCGGGGAUGGCGGGUCGCGCGGCCGGUAUCGGCAUCGCCAAGACGUCGAGCACGAUACUGAGCCCGGAUACGCCCAAGUCUCCCAUAACGACGACGGUCACCACUACGAGCAUCGUCACGACCAUCGAGCGCACAUUAGCGUCAACAGCCGGCAAAGAUGGGGCUGGUAAUGCCGAGAGGGCCCAGGUCCUUCACGAAACGCACAAGCCUUGUGGCAAUAAGGCCCACGUCGAGACGAAGGUGAGCGCGACGAUUAUCAGUGUGGACGAGGGCAAAUUUUUAUCCGCGUUGAUUAGUCGAGAACAAUACCACUUGCAGGUGGAGCCAUCGGCGAUGGAAGUGGAAAAGUCAGAGCGCUCGAGCAGUCCAGCCUUCGACUCGGAUGACGACAGCACCGCCGGGGCCACCGGUGCCGGUUCCUCCGCCCAGCAGCUCAGCAAUUUACGGAAGCGCUCCUCCCUCGCGGGUCUCGUCGCUCAGUCCGGGGCUCUUCACGUGUUCGCGACCAACGGACGCGUGAACGGCAUCCUGCCAGUAAAGGUCGAGGGUCUGCCGCUAGCGGCGGUCGCUGCCGUCACCAUCGGCAAGCGACUCUCACCCACGAGUCCCGUUCGCGAGUCCAUCCACCAGCGGAGCCAAACGCUGCCCAAGAUCCAGGAGUGGAGCCUACCUGAUAAUGAGCUGGAUAGCUGCCUGGAGCCGGACAAGUCGAGCCUCGGAAGUAGUCCGACCUUGACACCAGAACAAUCAUCGCGUUCAACCGAUACGGAUAAGGCUAUUGCUGACCGUCAUCCUCCUCCCCCGCCACCAAGACAUGAUCGCCGACAAGCCUCGCAGCAAAAUCGUAUUCCUGCCCAGACUCAUCAUCUUCCUCAUCCUCCUCAUCAUCAUAAUAAUUAUCAGCAGCCGCAGCAGCCGCAGCAGCCGCAGCAGCCGCAGCAGCAUCAGCAGUAUCAGCAGCCGCAGCAGCAUCAGCAACAUCAACAGCAUCAACAGCAUCAGCAGCAACAGCAACAUAAAGACUCUACAUCCUCCAGCUCACACAUAAUACCACCGCCAAGCGAGUUCCGUGGAAGUCCGUCAAUCUCCGAGAACACCUCGUCCACUAGUUCAUCCCUUCUUACAGCGGAUGGCCAGUGCGUCACGUACGACGUAAUGACGGGCCUCGACGGCGCCGAUCUCCGCUUCAUGGACGAAAGUUCAGUAAUCGUGCCGAGUCCGUCGUUCGAGAGUCCGCCUUCCUCCUUCUCUUGCAGUCUCGCUAAUCCGCUGUCCACCACGCCAUCAUCGCCAAUACUCGGUAUGACGUGCUUGGGUCCCGGCGGAACCGGAAGCUCAGCAGCGAACACUAACCUCCUGCAGGCAGCCCUCAUUAGGGCCACGGCCCAGCAGACGGGCAACGAGUCUUCCGACAAGCAUGUCCCCACUCACAAUCGAAUCACCAUGAUGGCGAACGCCUCGAGCCAAACGCAUCCGCCACGGGUUUUCAUCACGCACCAGAGUAACGUCGCCUCCCAGACUUCCCCCAUCGUCGUUAACAAACUGAACACCGAGGUCAACGUAAAGCCCCAGGAUGCUCCCAACAACCAGCCCGUCACCACCAUCGUCCCAUCCCCACCGACUCUCCAACGCGCCAAAUCCUGCGCUACUGCAACUGAUUGUGCACAAGUGCAGCCAAGUUUGCGUACGACGUCCGUCGGCAAUUUUAUGCAGAUCGCCUCGUCGUCGAGUGGUGGUGCACUGCCGAGCACCUCGGCUGUCACUGUCGUCGGUCAGUCGAUAGACGCUCAGCCGACGUCGAAAGAAUAUCAGGAUUUGAAAAAACAGUCGAGCAAACGUAAUACUGACUCGGACGGUGGCGGAGGCGGAUCAAGGCGAGAUUUAGUGAAAGCCAUUGGGAAGAGGCUGAAAGUGAAGACGCAGAAGAAGGAUCCGACAAUGGGUCGUCAAAAAUCACGUACGGAAAAUAGGGCGCGCAAGGCUUUCAGGACGAUAUCGUUCAUCCUAGGUGCUUUUGUCGCCUGCUGGACACCUUAUCACAUUGUCGCAUUAGUCGAAGGAUUCUGCUCGAAUCCGCCAUGCACGAAUAGACAUCUUUUCAUGUUUUCGUAUUUCUUGUGCUACGCUAAUAGCCCGAUGAAUCCGUUCUGUUAUGCCCUUGCUAAUCAGCAGUUUAAGAAGACCUUUACAAGGAUAUUAAAGGGCGAUUUACACAUGACGUAAUUUAACAAUUAUAUAAGCUCGAUCAUUUUUUAUGCAAAUGCGUUAGCGGGCACAAUGCUCAUUUGCUUUAAUAUUGGAUGCCGAAGAAUUCGGUAAUUUUUAUACUUUUCAUUCUAUUCAACCAUGAUAAUGUCUGCUCAGUAUAAUAGGUAAAUCUUGGGAUUUGCGAGAGUAUUUAGCUGGUUAAAAAAUACGUUUGCAAAAUAAAUCUAUUAAAUUAAAAUUAUGAAAAAAGUCGAUCCACAAGAAUAAAUUGCUGUUUACAAUGUUAAUGAAAUAGUUUUAUGACAGUAGGUCAGUACUGUUUCUAUUCAUAUCCUAA